AUGAAGAGCAUGCCUGUCAGAGUCAAGAUUGAUGCCCAAGUCGAUUUUGAAGACCUCCUCAUUUCGGACGAAGACCUUCAAAUGUGGGGAGAUUUGGGUUGUUCAGAAUUAGCGAAUUCCUCCAACUCAUUUGUAGGCUCUUCGCCGCCUGGUUGGGCCCCGCAAGGGAUGGCUAGGAGUGAAGAAUAUCAAGAACUCUCUGCUCCAUCGUCUUACAAUUCUCAUCCACCAUUUUCGAGAGAUCUUAAUCCAAACAUGGGACUUCCAAGUCUCUUAACAUCGUUUCCACCGCCGCCUACCUCAACAACAGUCGCUAAGGACGGAAACUAUGGCUUUUUAGCGUGGAUAAACACAGUACAAAGCAACGGAACCCCGAUAUCUACUGGGAAUAACUUGAGCGCUAUGUACCCGAUAUCGAUGUCAAGAGAGUGGAAUAAUCGCUACAAUGCAUCAGCUUAUCAAAGGACUGCGGAGAAUGCGGAACAACAUAACAACACAGCAUCUUGGCAAUCUCAAAUACUGAACAGCACAGAUUCUUCGCCACAUCAACGAGGAGCUCCGAACAUAGCAUCACGAAGUGACAUUAUCAGCACGCAAUGGCAACCUCAAAGUUACGAUUACGAAGCCUCCUCAUUUAUAGAGUACAAGCCCAAACUCCCUUCACAUUCAACUUCAUAUAAGUCUUCGCCAAAACUCACGACCACAGAAUACCCACCUCAAUCUCAAUAUUCCAGUGUCUCGGACGCAACAUCUCAAGCCGAAUCGCACUGGACACCUCCGAACCAUCCCCUCGAAACCAUUACUCCCUUCAUAAACCCGACUCCCUUUGCGUCCACUCUAACGAACAACUUUCACUUUUUCCAUUCUCACUCUCUCCUAUACAAAUCAGGUGUUACGCCUCAUGAACUACAAAUGCAUCUUGCCGCUGGCUCAUGUGGUGUGACUAUUCAAGGCACUGUUUCCAUUCCCGAAAACACCAACUGUUACCAAAAUGGCACACUCGGCCUCAUAAUUGCCCAAGAAAUUCCUCUAACUCCCCGUUUGUAUUUGCCCACCCAGCGGAAGAAGAUUUCCGAAUCAAUGCGUCAGGUUGUGUCGGAGUUACAUGAAAAAGGCAUUGUACAUGGCGAUAUUCAUCUUUCAAAUUUUCUGCUCUGUGCUUCUGGAAAUUCGAACGAUCAAGUCAGUGUUAAACUUAGUAAUUUCCACGAUUCUCUAUUCAUUUCGAUUUCUUCUUCUCAAGCUUCAAUCGAUCAUGGAAAAGAAGAACAAUGGACACCAGUUCUCAACGGCAGGAUAGUCUCUCCAAACAGGGCAAAUGAGUGGAUUAAAGGAAGGGAUAGAAAAGCGACCAAAGAAGAUGAUCUGUAUGCGUUGGGGAUUUGUAUGUGGGAACUGUGGAGUGGAAAGAGGUACGAUGAAACGUGUGGGAUUUGGGAAGAUGUGAGGAGAGGUGACCUGAAAGGAAGAGGGGUGGAUAUGAAAGGGGUUGGGGAUAAGGGGGUCAGAGCAUGGGUUAGGGCGUGGUUGAGAGGCGGGGGAGCAAUUGUUUGA